AGUGCCCACAUGCCCAUGAUCGAUGCCCUGAUGAUGGCCUACACUGUGGAGAUGAUCAGCAUAGAGAAAGUUGUGGCCAGUGUCAAACGCUUCUCCACCUUCAGCGCCUCCAAGGAGCUGCCCUUUGACCUGGAGGAUGCCAUGGUCUUCUGGAUCAACAAGGUAUGGUGGGGAACACACACAUUCUCUCUUUCUUUGAGACUGUCUAUCAGCAGCAAUGAGCCUGAGACAUUGAGAAAAUAGAGCUCUAAAGAGCUGGAUGAAUGUUGCUUUGGCUUUUGUUGCAGGUUAACCUGAAGAUGAGGGAGAUCACAGAGAGAGAGCUGAAAGCCAAGCAGCACCCGCUGGAGUCUCCCAGUCAUCAGAAGGUAAGGCUGGAGCCGCACGUCUCUCAUGGCACUCCCACAGAGAGAGAACCAGGAAACUGAAGCGCUAGAGCCAAAAUGGCUCCCAUGGAGCUGUUUUGAUGCAUCCUUACGGGCGAUUGCUGUUCUCGAUGCAUCAACAGUCUCUGGACUGCAGUCCAUGCCUCCAGGACACAUUGCAAGAAUAAUUGCCGUUUUAAAACCGAUUUGUACUUAUUAGUUAGAUUAGUCUCAUGGAGAUUACAUCUGUUUUUCAGGAGAGACGUGGUCCAAGUCAAGAGUUCUUUAUCUCCUGCCAUUUGGGGUUGAACCCUGAUUGACCCUUUUCUCCUAACCCUUAACCCGGAAGCAGAUCCAAUCCUGUCUGUGACCUCUGACCUAUUGACCUUUUUGCUCCUAUUCUUCUUUCUUUCUGUCUGUCCCCCUCCCUUCCCUGCUACUUGGAUAGUCUCCCUCCAAAUGGUAUUGGAAACUUGUACCUGUAAGUUGGCUGCUAGUAAUCCCCCCUCCUCCCUCUUGCACGCAUAGUUCUGUGUCGAUUUGCACACCACACCACACCACACCACACGUGACCAUCGUGGCUCAUCCAAGCCCAUUCUGUGCUGCUUGUAGCUAGUGAGUCAGCCAGCCAGUGGGAGAAGGCUGGUAUCUUUGUGUUUUUCUUUGAGUUAAGAAUGUCACACUGUUGUUGUCCGGUGGUUUUGGUAAUUUGGUGAACUUUUUUUAUUGGAUGGUGAACUUUAUUUUGGUGAACUACGUUUUCGCCCUUUCAUUUCAAGCCCCUGCAGACUAUGUACAAUCAUGAUAGAUGGUGUGUUUGUGUCUGAGAGAGUGACAGUGUGUGAAGUGGUGUCUGGGUGAGAGCGAGAGAGCCAUGAAUCCAUUGCUCAGCCCCUGCUUUCCUUAUUGGCUCGUGCUGAGAUGUUGGCGCCAUUGCCACCUGUGCCCACAAACUCUGCCAUGCCCACCCCUCCUAUGCUGUCUCUGUCUGCUAUGCCCAUGUGCUCUCUCCCUGGCCUCUCACGGUGUCUCUACUUGCCCAAGGUUUCCUUCUUACACUCUGCUGUCUGUGUGUGUGUGUCUCAGUCUGAUUUAAUGCCCGCCUUGGCCCAAUGCAUGCUGGAGCCAGAGGAGCUGGAGCGCUCCAUAGUGGUACGGUUCCAGCAGUACCUCUCCCUUCUUCUAGGGCUGCUGUAGGAUGGAUGUGAAACCUUUAGUCCUGUGGUUGUCUAGUUGUUCUCCAGAUUAUUUCACCUGUGACGGUAGUUACCCUUGUAGAAUUAGCAUAAUGGUGUCAGAAUAGUAUUCGAGGUGUGUUGUAUUAUGGUAGUUACCCUUGUAGAAUUAUCCUUAUUAUGCCCUAAAGAUGUGUAGUCAGAUUGCAGACAGUGUGUGUUGUACCAUGGUUAGUUGUUGCAGUAAAUGUUCAGUAUGGUUCAGCUAGAGCCAUAAGAAUUGUACUUGCCUGGCCAGUAGACUACAGCAGUGUCAACUCAAUAGGCUGACUCCGGGGGGUUUUCCACAACACCGUUAGCCAGCAGAAGUGGGCCAGUGAUUCCCAUGUGUCCCUCCCUCUGUGCCAGUGGCCUGGUUUGACUGUGCUGACAGUGACACAGCAUUCCCAGAGAGGUGUGUGAGGGUGGGUGGCUGUCAGGCCAACCAUGGCUCCAUAUCACCGCUCUAUAAAGCAGGGUUUCUCAAAGUGGGGUCUGCAGGGGGUCCGUGGCCAGAUCAACAAACAACAAAAUGUGUUUAUUAAUAUUACUAACAGAUUAAACACAUUUUGUUCAAGUGAUCUGUGGAAUAAGUUUAGCAGGUGUUAUACAAUACAAUUGUAAUAUUAUUCAUAUACAAUUUAUGUUCUUAACCUUGGGCAACAUGGUCCUGGGAGGCUCACAGGGAUAUUGGUAUCCACAGAACUCCACCAAUUAUACAUUUUUCAACUCAAUACUUGUAUUCCCCCAAAAUUAUUUUUAUAAAACAAAUGCACUGUAAUUUAAGCUUUAAAACUGCCUCAUGGCAAACUUACAGGAUAUUGGCUUGAAAACUGCAACAUUUUCUCUCUGAUGCCAAGAGAUUUAAAUUGUUCCUUCCCAGGGCCGAGACAUAGUAGACUCUUGUAUGCUAUAUUUAUCUCACUCCAGUUGUGUUCUGAUUAGGAGGGGGUCCCUAAUGAAUUUGCUAUCACAAAUGGGUUCUCUGGCCCCCAAAAGGUUUGGGAAUCCCUGCUAUAAAGGACCACCCCACCCCACUCCACCCAUCUCGAUCCACCCAAACACAGACUGGGGCUUAUUCAGGGAAUGCCACUGAAUUAAUUCAGAUAUAAAUUCAUUAUCUAGACCUGAAAUGAUUCUCUGUGUUGUUCACCAGGGCGUCAUGUCUGCUCUAGUCAUGCCAUUUUCAUCCUAAACUUUGCCUUCCACUGUAUAAACACUAGGCUGUACGAUGUAGGCAAUGACUGUGUACAGUUGAAGUCGGAAGUUUACAUACCCCUUAGCAAAAUACAUUUUAAACUUAGUUUUUCACAAUUCCUGACAUUUAAUCCUAGUAAAAAUUCCCUCUCUUAGGUCAGUUAGGAUCACCACUUUAUUUUAAGAAUGUGAAAUGUCAGAAUAAUAGUAGAGAGAAUGAUUUCUUUCAGCUUUUAUUUCUUUCAUCACAUUCCCAGUGGGUCAGAAGUUUACAUACACUCAAUUGGUAUUUGGUAGCAUUGCCUUUAAAUUGUUUAACUUGGGUCAAACGUUUAGGGUAGCCUUCCACAAGCUUCCCACAAUAAGUUGGGUGAAUUUUGGCCCAUUCCUCCUGACAGAGCUGGUGUAACUGAGUCAGGUUUGUAGGCCUCCUUGCUCGCAAAUGCUUUUUCAGUUCUUCCCACACAUUUUCUAUAGGAUUGAGGUCAGGGCUUUGUGAUGGCCACUCCAAUACCUUGACUUUGUUGUCCUUAAGCCAUUUUGCCACAACAAGUAUGCUUGGGGUCAUUGUCCAUUUGGAAGACCCAUUUACGACCAAUCUUUAACUUCCUGACUGAUGUCUUGAGAUGUUGCUUCAAUAUAUCCACAUAAUUUUCCUUCCUCAUGAUGCCAUCUAUUUUGUGAAGUGCACCAGUCCCUCCUGCAGCAAAGCACCCCCACAGCAUGAUGCUGCCACCCCCUGUGCUUCACGGUUGGGAUGGUGUUCUUCGGCUUGCAAGCUUUCCCCUUUUUCCUCCAAAUAUAACGAUGGUCAUUAUGGCCAAACAGUUCUAUUUUUGUUUCAUCAGACCAGAGGACAUUUCUCCAAAAAGUACGAUAUUUGUCCCCAUGUGCAGUUGCAAACCGUAGUCUGACUUUUUUAUGGCGGUUUUGGAGCAGUGGCUUCUUCCUUGCUGAGCGGCCUUUCAGGUUAUGUCGAUAUAGGACUCGUUUUACUGUGGAUAUAGAUACUUUUGUACCUGUUUCCUCCAGCAUCUUCACAAGGUCCCUUGUUGUUUUUCUGGGAUUGAUUUGCACUUUUCGCACCAAAGCGGUAUGACGGCUGCGUGGUCCCAUGGUGUCCACACUUGCGUACUAUUGUUUGUACAGAUGAACGCGGUACCUUCAGGUGUUUGGUAAUUGCUCCCAAGGAUGAACCAGACUUGUGGAGGUCUACAAUUCUUUUUCUGAGGUCUUGGUUGAUUUCUUUUGAUUUUCCCAUGAUGUCAAGCAAAGAGGCACUGAGUUUGAAGGUAGGCCUUGAAAUAAAUCCACAGGUACACCUCCAAUUGACUCAAAUGAUGUCAAUUAGCCUAUCAGAAGCUUCUAAAGCCAUGACAUCAUUUUCUUGGAAUUUUCCAAGCUGUUUAAAGGCACAGUCAACUUAGUGACCCACUGGAAUUGUGAUACAGUGAAUUAUAAGUGAAAUAAUCUGUCUGUAAACAAUUGUUAGAAAAAUUACUUGUGUCAUGCACAAAGUAGAUGUCCUAACUGACUUGCCAAAACUAGUUUGUUAACAAGAAAUUUGUGGAGUGGUUGAAAAACUAGUUUUAAUGACUCCAACCUAAGUGUAUGUAAACUUCCGACUUCAACUGUAUAUGACUGGACAAAGCCAUGGAUCACAUGACACAUUUCAAGGAAGUCUGUUAAGAUGGCGUAUCAUAUGGAGGAUUUAUGUAGAAAUAACAUGCGUGCGCAGUUUGAGCUACCCCAGGAAGUGACGUUGCUGGCUAGCUCAGUGCUUCCCCCUGUCAUUGAGUAUCUCAAGUUGAAGUCUGACCGGGGUACUGCAGGCUGUCAUUAGCAACUAAAUUAUCCUUAACUUCUUCUGUUUUUUAUAAUCGGUUCAAGGACAUACAUCUGGUGUAAUAGAAGUCAUUAUUGGUUCCAUGAUUGUCUUUGAAAUUUGUUUUUAUUUACAUGAAGAUUGUCCACGAAGAUUACCGUUUUCCCUUUCAUUUAUAAUUGGGGAUCAUGUUUUCUGCAAACAGUGUCUACAGUACCAUGGUCGGCCUUGAACUUCGUGGGUUAAGUGAGAGGGGGCAGUCGUUCCCCCCUGGAUGGAGCCUAAUAAACCAGCCCUAUCUCUUUGUAUUCCUCUCUGACUCUCUCCCUCCCCCUGGUGGUCAGGUGAGGUACCGCAGGGAGAACGCCUUGUGCCGCCAGCUGCCCUUCUUCCCCCUGCUGGAGGAUCUGAUGAGGGACGUGUGUGACGGAGCCGCCCUCCUCAUCGUGGUCCACUAUUACUGCCCCGACCUCAUGAAGCUCCACGGUACGACAUGGGACACCAUCUGUCAUCAACAAACUGGGGGUUAAUCAUUAGAUAUUGAAUCUAUCCUAUUGAGAGAGAUUUGUUUUGUUUUUCUCCCUGAUUAGUCAGGAAUCCCAGAUUUGUCUGACCUCAAACCAUCAGGAAUAUCAUAUAUUUCACCUGUUUUGUAAUUGAAAUGGCCCAUUAGCCUUACUCCAGAAGUUCUAUGUUGUGGACAUUAUAUCUGUGCGUUGUGCCCUGACAGUGCCAAGGAGGGUUGCACUCUCACGUGCUCAUUCCUAUGUGACAUUUCUAAAUGUCAGGUCAUUGAGCACCAUCCUGACCUUUGACCUCUGUGUCUCUAUCAGAUAUCUGUCUGAAGGAGGUGACCUCCAUAGCUGACAGUCUGUACAACAUCCAGCUGCUCAAGCAGUUCUCAAAUGAAUAUCUCAACAAGAGCUUCUACCUAACCAUGGAAGACAUGCUCUACUCUCCACUGGUGCUCAAGGUAAAUAAGUCCUAUUGGUAUGUUUUUUACACUGUAGGUGGUUUUCCCUGUCACUGUAGCUGGUUUUCCCUGUCACUGUAGCUGGUUUUCCCUGUCACUGUAGCUGGUUUUCCCUGUCACUGUAGCUGGUUUUCCAUGUCAUUGUUCUUUUGAGGAUAUAGUUAUUUUUCUGUGUUUCUACGGAAGCACUUCAUUGAUGAUAUUUUAAUUUAUUGUUUUGGUAACAUGUUGCAUGCUAUAGUUGUAUGUCGUUGUAGUUCAGGGUUUCUCUAAUGUGGUUCUUGUUUUCCCUACUCAGCACAAUGUGAUGGUGUUCAUCGCUGAGCUCUUCUGGUGGUUUGAGACCGUCAAGCCAGAGUUUGUCCAACCCAGGACGGAGGACUUCAAAGAUGGUGAGGAUCAUCUCUAUGGGUGUGUUGUGGUCUGAAUGGGAUGUUCAGUAUGUUUUUUUUUUUUUUUUGGAUGAGCAGAGAGGUUUGCAGCCUUCUGGAUGGAUCAACAAAUCUGUUGAACCUGCAGGACAGGGAAAAGGAGUACAUUAUGACUUCUUCCUUAUAGGACACGAAGAGGUUCAACUGUCUUUUUUAUUUUCCUUCCUUCUCAGAGGACUGUUCUCCUAGGGCUGGAGCCGAGAGACAUUUCAAUGCAAAUUUGUAAAUGAUCCCCAUGCAAUUUCAACAGUACUCUAAUAUACAAUUGUGGUCAAAAGUUUUGAGAAUGACACAAAUACUAAUUUUCAUAAAGUCUGCUGCCUCAGUUUUUAUGAUGGCAAUUUGCAUAUACUCAAGAAUGUCAUGAAGAGUGAUCAGAUGAAUUGCAAUUAAUUGCAAAGUCCCUCUUUGCCAUUAAAAUGAACUUAAUCCCCCAAAAACAUUUCCACUGCAUUUCAGCCCUGCCACAAAAUGACCAGCUGCCAUCAUGUCAGUGAUUCUCUCGUUAACACAGGUGAGAGUGUUGACGAGGACAAGGCUGGAGAUCACUCUGUCAUGCUGAUUGAGUUAGAAUAACAGACUGGAAGCUUUAAAAGGAGGGUGGUGCUUGAAAUCAUUGUUCUUCCUCUGUUAACCAUGGUUACCUGCAAGGAAACACGUACCAUCAUCAUUGCUUUGCACAAAAAGGGCUUCACAGGAAAGGAUAUUGCACCUAAAUCAACCAUUUAUCGGAUCAACAAGAACUUCAAGGAGAGAGGUUCAAUUGUUGUGAAGAAGGCGUCAGGGCGCCCAAGAAAGUCCAGCAAGUGCCAGGACCGUCUCCUAAAGUUGAAUCAGCUGCGGGAUCGGGGCACCACCAGUGCAGAGUUUGCUCAGGAAUGGCAGCAGGCAGGUUUGAGUGCAUUUGCACGCACAGUGAGGCGAACACUUUUGGAGGAUGGCCUGGUGUCAAGAAGGGCAGCAAAGAAGCCACUUCUCUCCAGGAAAAACAUCAGGGACAGACUGAUAUUCUGCAAAAGGUACAGGGAUUGGACUGCUGAGGACUGGGGUAAAGUAAUUUUCUCUGAAUCCCCUUUCCGAUUGUUUGGGGUAUCCGGAAAACACCUUGUCCGGAGAAGACAAGGUGAGCGCUACCAUCAGUCCUGUGUCAUGCCAACAGUAAAGCAUCCUGAGACAUUCAUGUGUGGGGUUGCUUCUCAGCCAAGGGAGUGGUCUCACUCACAAUUUUGCCUAAGAACACAGCCAUAAAUAAAGAAUGGUACCAAGACAUCCUCCGAGAGCAACUUCUCCCAACCAUCCAAGAACAGUUUGGUGACGACCAAUGCCUUUUCCAGCAUGAUGGCGCACCUUGCCGUAAGGCAAAAGUGAUAACUAAGUGGCUCGGGGAAUAAAACAUCGACAUUUUGAGUCGAUGGCCAGGAAACUCCCCAGACCUUAAUCCCAUUGAGAACUUGUGGUCGAUCCUCAAGAGGCGGGUGGACAAACAAAAACCCACAAAUUCUGACAAACUCCAAGCAUUGAUUAUGCAAGAAUGGGCUACCAUCAGUCAGGAUGUGGCCCAGAAGUUAAUUGACAGCAUGCCAGGGCGGAUUGCAGAGGUCUUGAAAAAGAAGGGUCAACACUGCAAAUAUUGACUCUUUGCAUAAACGUAAUGUAAUUGUCAAUAAAGCCUUUGACACUCAUGGAAUGCUUGUAAUUAUACUUCAGUAUACCAUAGUAACAUCUGACAAAAAUAUCUCAUAACACUGAAGCAGCCAACUUUGAAGGUCUUCACAUUCUCAAAACAUUUGACCACGACUGUAGUGGUUCCCAACUCCGGUCCUCAAGUACCCACAACAGUACACAUUUUUAUUGUAGCCCGGACAAGCACACCUGAUUCAACUUGUCAACUAAUCAUCAAGCCCUCAAUGAGUUGAAUCAGGGGAGUUUGUCUGGGGCUACAACACAAUGUGUUCUGUAGGGGGUACUGGAGGACUGGAGCUGGGAACCACUACUAAUAUAUGGAGAUGUUUACAGUUAGCUGAUUAUCAUUUAUUUUGUCUGAACUUCACUAGAAAUUACAAGUACACUAGUUACAUUAUUCUCAGAUUCUCCACCCACCCACCUCUGUUUUGAUUGACACCUCUUCUCUUCUCUCACAACAGCCCGAGCCAUGGCUCAGCCGAAGAGUGCCCGCCCCUCAGUGCCCAUCUCCAACGCCACCAAGCGCAGCUUCCAGGUUACCCCUGGCGUCCCAGAGGCCUCGCUGUCUGUUUCUGCCCAGAGCAGCCCUGAUGGCAGGUACGUCCUGUACCCUGCUGAAGACUCUGACCCUCUGUAAGUUUCUCCUUCCUUCCUUCUGUCCACCCACCCUUCUCAUUUCAUCAACCUGUUUGUUUCUCUCCUAGUUAGCUUGACAGGGAUGAAGAGAUCUGUCAAAAAAUACUAGUUUUGUUGAUACUCCGUUAUCUCUCCCCACUUGGCUUCCAGCCCACCUCUUUUAUACCUUUGUUUUGUCCUACACUGUGUUUAUAUCAAUUCAUUGAUGUUUCACAAUAAAUAAAGCCUUGAAGAAAACGUAUAAAUUCAUAGCUUUGUAAUAUCACCACCAUUUCAGUGACCAUUGCUUAUCGUGUGCUGGUUGGUCAGCGGGACAGUCAAAGAUUAGCUGAUUGGAUUAAAGGGACAAUAGGUCAGAUGGGCAAAGGCCAUAAUGUCAACUGACUGGUUGUUUACCUGUAGGGUCGGUGGUUAUGGAGAAAAGACUGGAUGUCUGUGGCUUAGUUCGCCCUUCUUAUGAUUCUUAAAAUCAUGAUUCCCUAUGUGAGAAGACUAGACCGAUAAUGUUCUAGAAAAUGUGGGUCAAUCUGCUUUACUAAAGGUGUAAGAGGGGCUUAUCCCUAAAACUGUGUUGGUACUUAAGACCUUCUGAAUUAAUUUACAUUUGCCAAGAAAUUAUAUGUUAAGAACUACUGAAUGGAUUCACACAGCCUGGAUAAAAUAUAUUGAAUUGGAAUUUGAUCUGCUGCUUAGAUAUAUCCUGCAAAGAUGGAUUGUGAAUGUUGACUGCUACGGUACUGCUAGAAGAUUGUUGUGGACUUGGUAGGUAAUCUAAGUGGUUUGUGCCGUUUUGGUUAUUUUCAGUAAUAAGGGAGGUCCUGGGGAAGCCUUCAGCCCCUCCCACCCACUCCUCCCCCUAAGGCAGAGACAGCAGAAGCAACAGCAGGGAGAUGAUGGAUCAGGUGAGGGCACCACACUACACCAACAACAGCUUUAUUACAUAGAACACUGUUAUAUUACUGUCUGUCUCAGAACAACAGCAGUAUUACCUAGAACACUGUUAUAUUACUGUCUGUCUCAGAACAACAGCAGUAUUACCUAGAACACUGUUAUAUUACUGUCUGUCUCAGAACAACAGCAGUAUUACCUAGAACACUGUUAUAUUACUGUCUGUCUCAGAACAACAGCAGUAUUACCUAGAACACUGUUAUAUUACUGUCUGUCUCAGAACAACAGCAGUAUUACCUAGAACACUGUUAUAUUACUGUCUGUCUCAGAACAACAGCAGUAUUACCUAGAACACGCAGUAUUACCUAGAACACUGUAUAUUACUGUCUGUCUCAGAACAACAGCAGUAUUACCUAGAACACUGUUAUAUUACUGUCUGUCUCAGAACAACAGCAGUAUUACCUAGAACACUGUUAUAUUACUGUCUGUCUCAGAACAACAGCAGUAUUACCUAGAACACUGUUAUAUUACUGUCUGUCUCAGAACAACAGCAGUAUUACCUAGAACACUGUUAUAUUACUGUCUGUCUCAGAACAACAGCAGUAUUACCUAGAACACUGUUAUAUUACUGUCUGUCUCAGAACAACAGCAGUAUUACCUAGAACACUGUUAUAUUACUGUCUGUCUCAGAACAACAGCAGUAUUACCUAGAACACUGUUAUAUUACUGUCUGUCUCAGAACAACAGCAGUAUUACCUAGAACACUGUUAUAUUACUGUCUGUCUCAGAACAACAGCAGUAUUACCUAGAACACUGUUAUAUUACUGUCUGUCUCAGAACAACAGCAGUAUUACCUAGAACACUGUUAUAUUACUGUCUGUCUCAGAACAACAGCAGUAUUACCUAGAACACUGUUAUAUUACUGUCUGUCUCAGAACAACAGCAGUAUUACCUAGAACACUGUUAUAUUACUGUCUGUCUCAGAACAACAGCAGUAUUACCUAGAACACUGUUAUAUUACUGUCUGUCUCAGAACAACAGCAGUAUUACCUAGAACACUGUUAUAUUACUGUCUGUCUCAGAACAACAGCAGUAUUACCUAGAACACUGUUAUAUUACUGUCUGUCUCAGAACAACAGCAGUAUUACCUAGAACACUGUUAUAUUACUGUCUGUCUCAGAACAACAGCAGUAUUACCUAGAACACUGUUAUAUUACUGUCUGUCUCAGAACAACAGCAGUAUUACCUAGAACACUGUUAUAUUACUGUCUGUCUCAGAACAACAGCAGUAUUACCUAGAACACUGUUAUAUUACUGUCUGUCUCAGAACAACAGCAGUAUUACCUAGAACACUGUUAUAUUACUGUCUGUCUCAGAACAACAGCAGUAUUACCUAGAACACUGUUAUAUUACUGUCUGUCUCAGAACAACAGCAGUAUUACCUAGAACACUGUUAUAUUACUGUCUGUCUCAGAACAACAGCAGUAUUACCUAGAACACUGUUAUAUUACUGUCUGUCUCAGAACAACAGCAGUAUUACCUAGAACACUGUUAUAUUACUGUCUGUCUCAGAACAACAGAAGUAUUACCUAGAACACUGUUAAUUACUGUCUGUCUCAGAACAACAGCAGUAUUACCUAGAAAUGUUAUAUGACUGUCUGUCUCAGAACAAACAGAGCAGUUACCUAGAACAUUGUUAUAUUACGUCUGUCUCAGAAACAACAGCAGUAUUACCUAGAACACUGGAUAUGACUGUCGUCUCAGAACAAACAGCAGUAUUACCUAGACACACAUGUUAUAUUUACUGUUCGGUCAGAACAACAGCAGUCUACCUAGAACAAUGUUAUAUUACUGUCUGUCUCAGAACAAACAGCAGUAUUACCUAGAACACUGUUAUAUUACUGUCGUCUCAGAACACAGCAGUCUACCUAGAACAUGUUAUAUUACUGUCGUCUCAGAACAACAGCAGUAUUACUAGAACACUGUUAUAUUACUGUCUGUUAGAAACAAACAGCAGUAUUACAUAGAACACUGUUAUAUUACUGUCUCAGAACAACAGCAGUAUUACCUAGAACACUGUUAUAUUACUGUCUAUCUCAGAACAACAGCAGUAUGUAUGCACUCACUAACUGUAAGUCGCUCUGGAUAAGAGCGUCUGCUAAAUGACUAAAAUGUCAAAUGUACACCACAGUUACCAUUUACUAUAGAAGACUUCUCAAAACGAUCCAUAGCUUACACAAGUUACAUUUAGCCAUUUCUGAUGGUUGUGUGGUUUUUAUUAUAGGGGAAUAUUAUUACAGCUCACAUCUCAAUAUCAGAGAUGGCUUCUCUGUUGUGUAUUGUAGGUAGCUGUAUGAUCAUUGUUGUGUCUGUGUGUCUAGGUAUCAGAAACCGCUCCAACUCCUUGGAGAACAAACCGCCACGAGGCUCAGUGCAGGCCUGGUCUGAUAGGAGACAGAGGUGUAGUAUGAGAAUAACACUGUAUUCCAUUUUUACUCUAUGAACUGUUAUACAAUCAAUGUAUGUUUCAGAGAUGUGUUAAAACAGACCGUAGCCUUUUUCUUCUUGAUUUCCAAUGUUGUGCAUCUCGCAUGCCUAAUGUCUUCAUUUCUCCUUCUCUCUUUCUCUCUAGGCCGACGUCGACGCUCAACCCGUACACAUUUGGCAUCUCAGCAACUGACAGCGACGCUGACAUUGCCUCUGGUGACAGUGUGAGUCUGGGCCGCUCCAUCAGUAAAGACAGUCUGGCCUCUAGCGUAGUCAACCUCACCCCCAAACACCAGGGUCUCACCCCCCAGGGCCACACCCUGAUCGGACACGCCCAGGUAGGCCGCGCCCCAGUCAGCCCCGCCCCCCGCCGAGUCAAUGGCCACGGCCUUCUGGGAAACGUCAACAUGGAGGAGGAGCUUGUGGCAGUGAUGAGGACUGACGCGUCAGCCUCUCUCCCCAGUCAGGGAGAGGUGACGCAGCCAACUGCUGGGGCCGAGCCCAAGGAUAGUUCUUAUUUAGAACCGCUGAUGCCUGCUGUGUUAAAAUCGGCGAAAGAGAAGUCUGUAUGCCUGAACAAGGAGGAGGAGAGCGGGGAGGUUGGUCGAUCUCGGGGAGGGGGGUCUAUCCGGAGAGUAGAGGGGGGACCUGAACUUGUGGCGUCGGCCAGGAGGAAAACCCCCACCAGCCUAAACCGGACCUACACUCCCGCCUCUAGUGGGGAGUUUGACUUGUCUACUGAGACCUCACUGGCUGGGCCACUCCAGGGACAGGGGGCCAUCAAUCCCAUGGUUACCAGCAGUGUGGACCCCUCCUCCAGAGAGCCAGCAGGUGGCUUCUACCUCCACUCUGACAGCGACGACCAGAAGCCUUGGCAGGACCAGGAGCCAGACCUGGGCGAGGCUGAUGAGGAGGACCUGGAUGAAGCCCUCACCACCAAGGACCCAACCAGGCCCAGGAAGACCUUUGACGAGGAGGAAGAGUCAGCCAAGCUGCAGGAGGACCUGAAGGUGAAGGAAAAUAGGAACAAGAAGAAAGGGGAUGAUGGUGGUAGUGGUCGCUCCAGCCCCUGUCUCAGCACCCACUCCCAGGCCAGCAGCCUAGCCAGCGGCAGCGUACGCAUGACCAGCUUCGCUGAGCGGAAGGCCCAGCAGCGCUUUGGCAGCAACCAAGACCUGCGAACCAGCGCCUCCAGCUCCCAAAGGACCACCCCGGACGGCUCGGAGUGCAGUGGGCCCCUGUCCCUGCCCACCUCCCGGAGGCUGAAUAGGGACCAGAGCCCCUCCUCGCCCCAGGGGGGACGGGGAAACGGAGGUACCAUAGUGCUGGCUUCUGAGCUGGUUCAGCUCCACAUGCAGCUGGAGGAGAAGAGGAAAGCCAUUGAGCACCAGAAGAAGAAGAUGGAGAUGCUGUCAGCCAGGCAGAGACAGAAGCUGGGCAAAGCUGCCUUUCUGCAUAUCGUCAAGAAGGGCAAGAGCGACACCCUGCCCAACCCGCUCAAACCAGACUACUACUGCAAAGAAGAGCUCAAUGGGGACAAAGGGGGAAGUUCAAAAGACGACUCUUGCGUGGAUGCACUGAGAGGGGCCAAAGAGCCUGAGUCUGCCACCUCGCCAGUCCCAGGUGCCUUAGAGAUGGUGGACAGGAAGGGCAGCUGUAGUCCUGGUCUGCUGCUGGAUGAAGAGCUGGACCUGAACGAGUGUAACCAAUCCAUCGAGAUGCUGAAUGACGCUAUCGGCAGUAUCCAGCAGCAGAUGAUGCAGCUGUCCCUCCAGCAGGACUUGCUGAUGAAACAGAAUGUACAGUCCCCUCCCAGGGUCCUGUCUCCCUGCUCAGCCAACGAGAAGACUAGCGCAUCUGAACCCAAGGCCCAACCUGCCGUCCACUUUGUGGAUUUGGGCAGCUGCGCACCAACCACCGGCACCGCUCCAUCCAGGAAACCCCCCAAGCUGAGUUCGGCCCGGGGCCCCAGGACCAAGCCCUCAGAGCUGAAGCUGGCCAAGGAGCAAGGCAGGCCGGUCCUGGCCUCAAACAGGGCUAUCACCCCGUCCCACAGUCUGGAGACCCUGCCUCACCUGAGGCAGUUUCCUGGGGGCAGGUCCCCCAGGACGGACCACCCCGACGCCAGUCCCAGAACCCCCUCUGCAGGUGGAGAGACAAUCAGUGGGCAGGACAAGCCUGGACAUAGCGCCACCUUCAGGCUCCACGACGAGGCUAACCUGCGCACGGCGGCCCGUAUCGACCCAGUGGUCGUCACCCCAGAAAUGUCCUUUGACCCGUGCCUGUCCAGUACUCUGAGGGAGGGGGAGCUGAACUCCUCUGACGGCUCGGGGACGGAGAACAUCCCCUCGGAGGAAGUGUCGAGGAGCAAAGCCCCCCUGAUCGAGGUGGACCUGUCAGACCUGAAGGACCCAGAGGAGAUGGAGGGAGACAGGGGGCAGGAAAGCACCAUGGAUGGGGAAGACAGGGAACAGAAGUCUGGCCUGGGAUUCUUCUUCAAGGUACAUCUGAAAUGUAGUCUUAUUACAUUAUGGAUAUAUAGACAAGAUGUGUUCUACUUGACAGUCAUUUUAUGUGUGGGUGAAGGUCUAUUGAUUAUAACAUGAAAAGCACAACAUUCAAUGACAUAGCGAACAGGAAAGGGGAAGAAAUGACAUUUUUAUAGUUGUACAAAUCUGUCUUGGAAGGAAUAGUAUGAAAUUCUCCAUUACUGAAAGUACCUCUUACUAGCUACUAAUGUAGAAAAGGGGCAAGAGACGGGGGGAGGAGACACAGCAGGCAAUCGUUUGGUAUAAAUAAAGUUGUGUUCAAUUGAAUUGAGGAAAUUGAUACCAGUAUUGAUCAAGUGUUACUUUUUGUGCUGCAGGAUGAACAGAAGGCAGAGGAUGAACUAGCUAAGAAGAGAGAAGCGUUUCUAAUAAGGCAGCAGAAGAAGGCUGAGGAGGCCCGGCUACGCAAACUGCAGCUGGAGGCUGAGACGGAACAGAAACGGGACGAGGCCAGGUAACGAACAUUGUCUCUACAACCAAAUCAAAACUGUGUCUGUUAGACAAGACAUACUGCUCAGGUAGGAUAAGACCAUGUCCAAGCACUAGCAUAACAACACCAACACAACCCCUCCCACAAUAGUCACAAGUUUAGAAUGUUUGUGUAUUUGUUCUACUUGCCUUGAAUAUUGACUAAUCGAAAAACGCAGAAAAGAGCAACGGCAUUCCUCUUCUGUCCUGCGUUAUAAGGUCCUGUGUUACGAUUUUCUCUGUAAAGUGUGUUGAGACUUGAGAUGCAUUUUAAAUACAUUGUGACUCUGUCUAAUCAAAUGCAGCAGUUGUUGAGCCUGUGGUCUGUCUCUCCCCCCAGGCGGAAGGCGGAGGAGGACAGGAUGAGGAAGGAGGAAGAGAAGGCCCGUAGGGAGCUGAUAAAGGAGCAGUACCUGAGGAGGAAACAGCAGGAGCUGAUGGAGGAGCAGGGUCUCGGCAGCCCGGCCAAGCCCAAGACCCCAAAGACCAAGCCCAAGAAACCCAGUCACCAGACUCUCAGACCCAAGUCUGUGUUCAGCAGAGAGGAGAUCUCCAGCGACACCUUCUCCUCCAAGUGCUCAUCUUCAACCCGUAAGAAACACCAGCAUGUUGUCUUAUCUUUCUAGUCCAGGGGUUUCUAACUCCUGUCUCAGAGGGCUGCGGUUCUGCAGGCUUUUACUCCACUCCUGCACUAACAUAUCUGAUCCAGCUGGGCUGGAGGGAAAAAAAGCCUGCUGACACUGGUCCUCCUCCUUGAUCUAGGCCAGAUGUAUUCAUCCCACUUCUCAUUGAGACAAUAUUGCAGAUACUGCAGUCAUGCAUUUUUGUGUGUGACGAUAGGAGGGUAAUGGGAAGAGUUACCGAUACUAAGAUAGCGUCUCUGUUUUGGUUCUCUGUAGCUGACAACCUGAGCAGUGUCCAGUCAGGCUCUAGUCUGUCCCUGGCCUCCGCUGCCACAACCGAGGCAGACAGCUUCAACUGUGGAGGGCCAUGCUCCCAACGGUAAGUAACCCGGAUAUGUGGGUGGUUGUGAGUUUCGGUUUGUGUGUAAUGUAUGUCAGUGUGUGUUUUCUAUCUCUGACAUUUUGAAACCAUCUUUUUGUUUUCUCUGCUAUCCGUUGCCAGGGGUGAGUUUGUGGAGUCGUUCCCAGGCCUGAGUCGGAACGCCAGUCGGAACACUGAGAGAGACUGGGACAACGGAUCCACUGCGUCUUCCAUCACUUCCAUGGCAGAAUACACUGGUCAGUACAAGUCACAACCUUUACCAUAUCAAGCUAUUACACGCCCCUAUAAUGUUCCCAUUAAACAUUGCUCUGCUCACUUCCUCCUCAUGUAUGUUAGCAUCUAAUGUUAAGACCUGUCGUUCCACUGUCCUCAGGUCCCAAGCUGUUCAAGGAGCCCAGUUCCAAGUCCAACAAGCCAAUCAUCUUCAACGCCAUUUCUCACUGCUGCCUCGCCGGCAAAGUCAACGAACCCCAGAAGAACACCCUUCUAGAGGUGAAGUAUCAUCUUACUGUUAAAUGCUAUUAUAAACUGGGUGGUUCGAGCCCUGAAUGCUGGUUGGCUGACAGCCGUGGUGUAUCAGACUGUAUACCAUGGGUAUGACAAAACAUUUAUUUUUACUGCUCUAAUUACAUUUGUAACCAGUUUAUAAUAGCAAUAAGGCACCUUGGAGGUUUGUGGUAUAUGGCCAACAUACCACGGCUAAGGGCUGUAUCCAGGCACUCUGUGUUGCGUCGUGCAUAAGAACAGCCCUUAGCCGUGGUAUAUUGGCCAUAUACCACACCCCCUCGGGCCUUAUUGCUUAAUUAUGCAACGGGGUGGUUCUAAUCCUGAAUGCUGAUUGGUUAAAACCGCAUUCCAGCCUAUUCCACAAGUUGUACUGUUAAAUGCUAUCAACAAGCACUCCAGAACCAGUGGUAAUAAUAUAUAAUAAUAAUAAUAUAAUAUGCCAUUUAGCAGACGCUUUUAUCCAAAGCGACUUACAGUCAUGCGUGCAUACAUUUUUUGUGUAUGGGUGGUCCCGGGGAUCGAACCCACUACCUUGGCGUUACAAGCGCCGUGCUCUACCAGCUGAGCUACAGAGUAACACCACACACCUCCUAAAGUCCAAACUCCAGAGAGCGUAGUCCUUUUGUUCUAGUUCAGUCAUUUUUAACUCUGUGCUGUGUAAAUGAGCACAGUAACAUGUAGGACACAUUAGUGGGCCAGAAUGAACUGCUCAGCUCAAUAGUAUCCAGCUGUAGCACAGCAAGUUCUGGUCCUAAACACACAGUUGUCCCUGACUGAAACCUUAGUUUUAGUCUAUAUGUCUAGUCUUAGCGGGUCAAGUCAGGUGGCUAGGAAGGGAAAACUCCAGGCCUUACACAUGACAUCUGGACAUCACUGUACCUGUGAUGAUCAAAUUGCCUAGAACGUGAGACUGCUUCUCAAGAUAUUUGUCAGCCAUACUAACCCCCUCCCCAUCUGAUCCCUCCCUCCCCCUCUAUCUGAUCCCUCCCUCCAACCCCCUCUAUCUGAUCCCUCCCUCCCUCCCCCUCUAUCUGAUCCCUCCCUCCAACCCCCUCUAUCUGAUCCCUCCCUCCAACCCCCUCUAUCUGAUCCCUCCCUCCAACCCCCUCUAUCUGAUCCCUCCCUCCAACCCCCUCUAUCUGAUCCCUCCCUCCAACCCCCUCUAUCUGAUCCCUCCCACCCCUCUAUCGACCCCCUCCAACCCCCUCUAUCUGAUCCCUCCCUCCAACCCCCUCUAUCUGAUCCCUCCCUCCCCCCCCUCUAUCUGAUCCCCCCUCCCUCCCCCCCCUCUAUCUGAUCCCCCCCCCACGAUCCCCCCCCCUCUAUCUGAUCCUCCCCCCCCUCUUCUGAUCCUGACUCCCCCUUGAUCCCCUCCCCCCUCUAUCUGAUCCCUCCCCCCAUGAUCCCUCCCCCCCUCUAUCUGAUCCCUCCCUCCCCCCCUCUAUCUGAUUCCCUCCCCCCUAACCCCCUCUAUCUGAUCCUCCCUCCCCCUCUAUCUGAUCCCUCCCUCCACUCCCCUCUAUCUGAUCCCUCCCUCCUCCCCCCUCUAUCUUCCCUCCCCCUCUCAUCCCCCCCCCCUCUAUCUGAUCCCUCCCUCCUCCCCCUCUAUCUGAUCCCUCCCUCCCCCUCCCACCCCUCUAUCUGAUCCCUCCCUCCUCCCCCUCUAUCUGAUCCCUCCCCCUCCCUCCCUCGACCUCCCCCCCUCUAUCUGAUCCCUCCCUCCCUCCCCCUCUAUCUGAUCCCUCCCUCCCUCACCCCCUCAUCUGAUUCCCUCCCUCCCCCUCCUCUAUCUGAUCCCUCCCCCUCUAUCUGAUCCCUCCCUCCACCCCCUCUAUCUGAUCCCUCCCUCCUCCCCCUCUAUCUGAUCCCUCCUCCUCCCCCCUCUAUCUCCUCCCCUCUAUCUGACUCCCUCCCCCCCUCUAUCGAUCCCUCCCUCCAACCCCCUCUAUCUGAUCCUCCUCCCUCCCCUUCUGCCCUCCCCCUCUAUCUGAUCCCUCCUCCCCCUCUUCUUCCCUCCUCCCCCCCUCUAUCUGAUCCCUCCCUCCAACCCCUCUAUCUGAUCCCUCCCUCCCUCCCCCUCUAUCUGAUUCCCCUCCCUCCCUCCCCCCUCUAUCUGAUUCCUCCUCCUCCUCCCCCUCUAUCUGAUCCCUCCCUUCCCUCACCCCCUCUAUCUGAUCCCCUCCCUUCAACCCCCUCUAUCUGAUCCCUCCUCCUCCUCCCCCUCUAUCUGAUCCCUCCUCCUCCUCCCCCUCUAUCUGAUCCCUCCCUCCCUCCCCCUCUAUCUGAUCCCUCCCUCCCUCCCCCUCUAUCUGAUCCCCCUCCCCUCCCUCCCUCCCCCUCUAUCUGAUCCCUCCCUCCAACCCCCUCUAUCUGAUCCCUCCCUCCAACCCCCUCUAUCUGAUCCCAGGAGCUGGAGAGGGUAGAUGCCCACCACCUGAUGAUCCUUUUCAGGGAUGGGGGCUGCCAGUUCCGGGGGGUCUACUCCUACUUCCCAGACACUGAGGAGAUCCUCAAGCUGACCGGCACGGGCCCCAAGAGCAUUAGCAAGAAGAUGAUCGACAAGCUUUACAAGUACAGCUCGGACCGCAAGCAGUUCACUGUCAUCCCCGCCAAGACUGUGUCUGUCAGCAUAGAUGCCAUCACCAUCCACAACCAUCUGUGGCAGGCCAAGAGAACCACUGUGCCAAAGAAGAGCGGGAAAUAAUCAGUGGAGGCACCUGGAACUCACCCCGGGGGACCCAUCCUAGGUUCCAUUCCACUUUGCUCUGCUGGAUAGACUGCAUUGAUGUCCACCGCCAAUAAACUCCCUCUAUCAGGGAUGGCCAGACACGUGGCUCCUUCAGUUCACACUAAUGUGGGGGCAUGUAUGCAUGGAGACAUGUACUGGUGGCCUGCCAGUGACAUUGUCAUCUGUCGGGAUCUCAAUGUGUUCUGUUCAGG